GUUCUGUGCUCAGACAACCUCAUCAUCCAUUGUGUUUCUUUUAUCAUAAUCAAGUUUUUGUUUUUUAAGAUUCUUGUUUUUGUUUUGCAAGUUUUUUCGUUUGAUUUCAUUUUCAAUGCUUAGAUCUUGUCUUUUGCUUCCCCUAAACUUUGAUACAUCAAUAAUUCUUUUGAUUUGGUGGAAAUUUUUUAUUUUUUGUUUGCUUGCAAAGCCUUUUUCUUUGCUUUUAUAGAAUUAUGGGUUAGGAAAUGAAUAAGUAUGCAGAAAAUCUAAAUGUUGUGGGGGAUUUUAAAAGGCCAAUUUUUAUGGGGUUUCUGUUUUUGGGUUAUUGAGGUCAUGUAAUUUUCCAUUUGUGUAUUUUAAAAUUUUGAACUGUUAUUGUUAUGCGCAUCUUCAUGUGGUUGGAUUUAUUACUGUUUGCUUUACAUGUAUUUUUCACUAGUUUUUCUUAUCAUCUAUUGGAUAGAGUUAGUGUGCUUCUUUUUUGCCAUGUGCCACAAGAACCGUAGAAGUUAUUCUGCUUUAUGUACUCAUGAGUUUUUUUAUGGUAGUACUUUAUAAGGACACUGAGGAUACGGAUUGAGAUAUUGCUUAUGAACAUGAGUUUAUCUGGUUCACUCAUCAUCUGUCCUUGCUUGAGGCUUAAGAAGCACUAACUGUUGUGACUUUUGACUUGUAAGAAGUGGUUUACUUGAUUCAUGGCAUUUCAGCAUUGUUUCUCCCAAGAAUUGUCAAAUACCAUGUCAGAAGCAGAAAAUUCCAAUGGCUGUUUUGAUUGCAACAUCUGCUUAGACUUUGCACACGAUCCGAUAGUAACCCUUUGUGGCCACCUUUACUGCUGGCCUUGCAUCUACAAAUGGCUCCAUGUACAAAGUGAUGAUUCUCUUGGAGCUGAUGAACAUCCACAAUGCCCUGUAUGCAAAGAUGUUAUAUCACAUACCACAAUGAUCCCGUUGUACGGCCGUGGCGGCCAGGCUCCACCUAGUGGGAAGUCAUCAUGUUGUGAUGAUACUUUUGUACCACCAAGACCAACUGCUUCAGCUGCUCAAGCUCUUUUGGCAACAGCAUCUCAAAGUGAUCAGCAGCAGCGGCUUCCAUAUCGUAAUCCUUAUCAAGGACAACAUUUAAACUCUUCUUUAUACCAAGAAGAGGAUGCUGUCACUUCACAAAUGCACAGUCUUGGAUCUCACCACCACAACCACCCUAUGGUUGAGAUGUUUGGGGAGAUGGUUUUUGCCGGAGUGUUCGGCAACUCGCCGAACUCUUACCAGAUGGUGGGAAAUAACAGCUCUAGAUUGAGAAGGCAAGAGUUGCAGACAGAUAAAUUUUUGAACAGGAUUUCAAAUUUUUUGUUUUGCUGCUUUAUUCUGUGUCUUCUUGUCUUCUGAAUGUGCAGUUAAGAAUUUUAUAUAGUGAAUUGUUAUCAUAGGCUAAAGAAUUUAUGUACUUUUUACAUUUAGUACACAUUAAUGGAGUUCCAUAUUGCAGAAAGUCACUGCCAAUGUUUUACACUGACUUCAGUACAAAA